UGUGUUUCUUGUGGAGGAAAACACGAUGACUCAUUCACUGGCAUGUGUUCCAGUCUGGGACUUUUUCGUGUCACGCUCCAACCAGGAACUUGCGUCUCGCUGUGUGACAGUGGGGACAAUCAGGGUUUGGAUUUGCUGUCUCUCGGGUCCCACUGGACUCCAACAUGGAGCCCACCAAUCUACAGAAAGCUAUAGCAGUGGCACAAAAGGCCGCACAGGAGGACGAGGUGGGCAACUACGAGGAGGCCAUUCGCUGCUACAAACACGCCGUCAAGUACUUUUUACACAUUUUACAUCGUGAGCCGCAGGGUAAAGAUGGCAAUCAGAAAAUCAGAGAAAAAUGUAAGGAGUACCUGGACCGAACAGAAGAACUACAGGAGUACCUAGCGUAUAAACAGAAAGCUAUCGAUCUUGCCAGCAAAGCAGCUCAAGAGGAUAAAGCGCAGAACUAUGAGGAGGCUCUGCGAAUGUACCAGGCUGCCGUACAGUACUUCCUCCAUGUCGUCAAAUACGAAGCCCAAGGUGACAAGGCCAAACAAAGCAUCCGAGCCAAAUGUGCAGAGUAUUUGGAUAGGGCAGAGAAGCUGAAAGAGUAUCUCAAGAAGAAGGAGAAGGCUCCUCCUGCUAAGCCUGUCAAAGAGUCUCAAUCUGAUGACAAAGGGAAUGAAAGUGACGACGGUGAUGACUCAGAGAAAAAGAAAAUGCAGAAUCAACUGUCAGGUGCCAUUGUUAUGGAGAAACCAAACAUCAAGUGGGAUGAUGUUGCUGGGUUAGAGGGAGCCAAGGAGGCCCUGAAAGAAGCUGUGAUCCUUCCAAUCAAAUUCCCUCACCUAUUUACAGGAAAGAGAACUCCAUGGAGAGGGAUCCUGCUCUUUGGACCUCCGGGGACAGGAAAGUCUUACUUGGCUAAAGCUGUCGCUACAGAGGCAAACAAUUCAACCUUCCUGUCAGUCUCUUCGUCUGAUCUCGUGUCCAAAUGGUUGGGAGAGAGUGAAAAGUUGGUCAAGAAUCUGUUCGCCCUGGCGAGAGAACACAGACCCUCCAUCAUCUUCAUUGACGAAAUCGACUCCCUGUGUGGCUCCAGAAGUGAGAACGAGAGUGAGGCGGCGCGUCGUAUUAAGACAGAGUUCCUGGUGCAGAUGCAAGGUGUUGGGAAUGACAAUGAAGGCGUGCUGGUGCUCGGUGCGACAAACAUUCCAUGGACCCUAGACUCUGCUAUCAGAAGAAGAUUUGAGAAAAGGAUCUACAUUCCGCUGCCGGAAGAACAUGCACGCACAUUCAUGUUCAAGCUCCACCUGGGUUCCACCCCCACCAGUCUCGCCGAAUCCGACUUCAUCACACUGGGCAAGAAAACAGAUGGCUACUCGGGCGCAGAUAUUAGUAUUAUUGUGAGAGAUGCGCUAAUGCAGCCAGUUAGAAAGGUCCAGGCAGCCACUCACUUUAAAAAGGUGAACGGGCCUUCGAGAGACGACCCCAGAAUUGUUGUACAUGACUUCUUGACUCCUUGUUCACCGGGAGACCCCAAUGCUAUUGAAAUGACUUGGAUGGAUGUGCCUGGAGAAAAGCUUUUGGAACCUGUAGUUUGCAUGUCGGACAUGUUGAGGUCUUUGACCAACACCAAGCCAACUGUCAACGAACAAGAUCUGGGAAAAUUGACAAAAUUCACAGAAGACUUUGGACAGGAAGGCUAGUUUCAUCAAUGCUGAACUGGGCCAAACCAAAGCAAAAUAAUUGCAAUGUUAUAUUUACUGUUUGUUUUUUUGUGUGUCAUCUUAACUACUCACCAGGCCUUGAGUUUUGUGUUCCUGCAACUUUUUCAUACUCCUCCCCACCCACCCACUCUAAUUACCACAAAACAACUUCUUUAGUUGGCGUCAUAAAAUUAUACGGAGCUUAGAAGAAUUUUGGAUUUAUGCACUAAAGUUGUUGAUGGCAAAAUACCAAGGCUACCUAUAGUUAUUGUCACUAUACCAAUACAUGUCACAUAUGAUCUAUUUUGUAUUAAUAGCAACAAGCAUUUUAUAUGAUAUACUGUAUUUUGUGGAACGUAUCAUUCAUAGGCUGGGGGAGUCAAGCAGCAUGAGUAUAUACAAUUUCUUGUAAUAUGUGUGCAUAGUCUCAAGGUGGUAGGUAUACUAUAGGGAUUUAAGACUUUUUUGAAAACGCUAGGUGAGAGCUACAUUAGAGACUGCCACUGCUGUAGAUUCCUGUCUUGUCCUCUCACAACAAAUGUAUUGUGUUCGUUAAAACUAUUAGGAAGGGAUCACCAAAGGUGCCAGACCAGCAUUAUUUGUAACACAUUUAAGGACUCAGCAGCCCUGCUUGUCUUUUUAUUACGUUCUACUGAACAUAUGUUUCAUGUUUUUAUCGACAGGAACCAAUGCUGGUGAUUACCCGCUAAAAAGCCUUACACAAAUACAAAGUUGUGCAUUUUGAUGUAAUAAGCUGAAGUCGGCGUGUCUAUUUAGUGCAUCUUCAAUUAAAAAUGACACCAUGCAUCCUGUGCCUUCUGGAUAAGCUGCAAUGUUUAUUUUUUUAAUCAAUUUGCUCUCAGUGCUUUGACAAGCGCAUGGUCACUACAACUAGAAAACGUCAGUUCUACUUGCACAGUUAAUGUAUGCUCUCAAAAGUAAUGUACAACUCUUGUUCCUACAGUGUGCAAACUUUCUUUGUGUUUUGAUGGGGAAAUUUUCACUGUAAAGAUUAUUUACAAUUAGCAAACUUGAUUUUGUUUUUGUCUUUAAGAGGUCAACUUUGCGUGUUGUACUUCUGUGUUUUCGUUUCUGAAAUGUAAAUAAAAAAUACAUAAGUUAAAAAAA